UUUGUUUUUUUUCAGAUUUCAUGAUGGUGUCCAACAACACACAACCCUUCUCCUCUGGCUGUGCUUCUUCCAGCACUGUGACCGUAGAUGUGGCCGUCUCGUACCUUCACUUCUUCUUGUUCCCCAUUGCGCUACUGCUAAACGGGGUAGCAGCGUGGGUGUCUUUGCACCUUCCGUCCACUUCUACCUUCAUAGUGUAUCUCAAAAACCUGGUGGCUGCUGACCUGCUCAUGACCCUGACGCUCCCGCCGAUGGCAGCCAGCAUGCUGCCUGGAGCAGCAGCUGGGUUAAGGGCGUUCGACUGCCGUUACUCUAGUGUCCUUUUCUACUGCAGUAUGUACACAAGUAUUAGUUUAUUGUGUCUUAUCAGCCUUGACCGCUUCUUCAAAAUUGUUAGACCAUGCAGAAUGUUGUUGGGACAAAACGUGGUCCUCAGUCUUGUAAUGUCCACCUUGGUUUGGGUGGUGGUAUUUGGCAGUACAGCCAUCCCAACUAUCAUUCUAACAGACCAGGAUCCUGUUAAUAUGACAGGCGAUUUCUGUAUGUCCCUGAAGGGUCCAGCAGGUGUGGCUUUUCACAAGUUUGUGGCUCUAGCUAUGGAGAGUCUUUUCUGGCUUGUCCUCAUAGUGAUUGUGUUUUGCUACAUCUGCAUCACCCUGAAAGUCCUGCAGUCCUUCAGAAACUCUGGGAGCAACAACAGCCACGGAAAGCAGAGGACCAAGCUACGAGUCUUCCUGAUCCUUCUUGUGUUUUUUGUGUGUUUUGUGCCUCUCCACAUGAUGCGUGUUCCAUUCGCACUGUAUAAAACUGCUGAUACUGUCGUGUGCGCUGAAAUGUGGUUGAAAAUAAUGUAUAAAUUGGUCCUGUGGCUCUCCGCCACUAACGCCUGCCUGGACCCUCUUGUCUCCAUCUAUCUGUGCAGGGAGUUCAGAGAUAAACUGGUUGAUAUGAUGAAAGCUAGAGGGAUCUGUGUCAGGUUAUAUUCAGGUCAAAAUGAGGAUGUUUCACAGUAGAAAGGAGAAAUAUCAGUCAUCAAAAUAAGUAUGUUUAAGAAGUUUGAGAUAAAUAAGAUGUUCUUAGUCACAAAUGAGGCUGUUGGGUUACUUUAUUUUAUAUUAGUUUAUUUUAUGGAAGCGAGAGAACCUUAGCAGUGUGGUCUUACAGCAACUUUUGAUCUUUAACUGUUAUUUUGUACUGCCCUCUAGUGGCCUAAUGACGAUUGACAUCUAGCUAUAGGUCCAUUUAGACACACAAAGAAAAUAUACAAAUACAACAUAUGAUAAACAUGAUGUCAAUUUUAUUGCAAAACAUACACCAGGAUAAAUACACCACACACAUUAUUCUAUUCUAACUUAGGUGGGUUUGACCCACAACACAAAACAACAAUGAAUGUUAAAUCUCAGUGGUCAUGUCUUAGAGCUGUGUCUUUUAUGUCUUUUAUGCAUGUACAGUGUACUGCAUG